GCAGUUUCUGCUACACUACCUAGUACCUAGUCGUCAUAGUGGGCAGCAAAGCUUUCAAUCAAAGAAGAUAAAAAUAACAACGGAGGUACAUAUAUGUGUGGCCAAGGCCUGCCAACCAAACCAUUCACCAGCUAGUUUCAGAGAUAGAUACGUCCGUCGUCGAGAUGGCGGCAGCAGCAAGCAGGGAGGAGCGGUGGAGCCUCGCCGGCAAGACGGCCCUCGUCACCGGCGGAACCAAAGGGAUCGGGCGCGCGAUCGUGGAGGAGCUCGCGGGGUUCGGCGUCCGGGUGCACACCUGCGCCCGGAGCGACGCCGACGUGCAGGAGCGGGUGCGCGGGUGGGCCGCCGACGCCGAGGCGGGGAGCCUGCGCGGGCGCGUCACGGCCUCCGCCUGCGACGUCUCCGUGCGCGGCGACCGGGAGGCGCUCAUGGCCGCGGCCCGCGCCGAGCUGGGGGGCAAGCUGGACAUCCUCGUCAACAACGCCGGGCAGACCUUCUUCAUGCCGGCCACGGAGAGCACGGCGGAGGACUACGCGCGGCUCAUGGCCACCAACCUCGAGUCCUGCUUCCACCUCGCGCAGCUCGCGCACCCGCUCCUGGUCGCCGCCGGGGGCGGCAGCGUGGUGAACAUCUCCUCCGUGGCCGCGGCCAUCGCGUACCCCGUGCUGUCGGUGUACUCGGCGACCAAGGCGGCCAUGAACCAGCUCAGCCGCAACCUCGCAGUCGAGUGGGCCGGCGACGGCAUCCGCGUGAACUGCGUCGCGCCGGGGGGCAUCCGGAGCGACAUCCUCAGGAGCAGCUGCAUCGAGGUUGACGUGGAGUUGUUGCGGGGGAUGGCGGAGAAGGAGAACGCGCGCGUCGCGCUGGGCCGCAUGGGCGAGCCCGAGGAGGUCGCCUCGCUGGUCACAUUCCUGUGCAUGCCGGCGGCGUCCUACGUCACCGGGCAGGUCAUCUACGUCGAUGGCGGCCGCACCAUAGCCGCCUAGGCUUCGCUCUCUGCUUGUUGGCCAGCUGCCACGGCUCGAUAAAACAUUUUCUUUGCCCAUACACCCCGCUGGUGCUGGUAAAUAAACAUCUUCGUUUGGAGUUCA